AUGCCUCUCGUAGUCCCCGGUCUGCAGUCCAAGGACGGAAACUCCAACGAUGACUGGAUGAGCAAGCUCAUGGGCAAGAAGCUUGGAGACCAGCAUGAUGAGAUGACUUUCGCAAAGACCGACCUCCCCCAGCAACACCGCGUUCUCAACGAAGGCGACAUGAAGACCAUGGACUUCCAGCCCGAGAGGCUGAACGUUCACCUCGACAAGGAUGGUACUAUCAACAAGGUUACCAAGGGUUAA